AGUCUUUCUCCUCUCCAUCUAUCUUGCUCACCAUUUCGCUUCCAAAUCAUCUUCUCUUAUUCCCAUUUUGCCCGUAAAACCUUCUCUUCAAAUGUACACUACGUUCGCUCCCUCCCCUCUAACCGCUGCGACCUCCGUAAUCACAGCCGCGGCAACCUCCAACACAGUUCAAAAGCCUAUCCUUUUAUCACCGGUUAAAUCAACCGCCGGUCGUUCUUGUCGGAGGUUUCAAAUCAAAGCCUCGGUCUCAACGUUUCCUGACUCGACCCGAGUCGACUCAAGGUAUUCAACGCUGAGUCUGUACGAUGUACUCCGGGUGAAUCCAGCUGCGUCGCAAGUGGAGAUCAAGUCAGCGUACAGGAGUCUUGCGAAGAUUUACCAUCCUGAUGCUUUUUUGAGUCAAGAUCGUGACCGUGAUGACGAGCAAUCGGACGGUGGAGAUUUUAUCGAGAUUCAUAGUGCUUAUGAGACGUUAUCCGAUCCGGCUGCUAGAGCGGUUUAUGACCUGUCUUUAUCGGCAGCGGCGAGGUGUUUUUACAGGAGAGCGGCCGGGUAUUCGGGCGGGGAUUAUACGACCCGAAGAUGGGAAACAGAUCAGUGCUGGUAAAGAGAAUGGAAAACUGACCAGGUCACCAGCAAGUAAUUAAUGACAUGCAUGAGAACGCGGAUGCUUGCAAGCUCGGCACCAGUGACGGCAGGUGAGGUCAUUGCACGGUUCACAAUCUCAACGACUUGCUCAACAAUUGGCCGCGCGUAUAAUACAAUCAUUUGGUCAGUUGGCAGUAUUGCAGCUGCCACCGCCGUCAUCCACUCAAGCUUUCGGGGAGUAUCAUUGUUUAUAUCACAGGCCAGUUGUUGUAGCAGAGAGAGUAAUACUCCCUGGCUUAGAGGGAGGGGAGACAGAGACAUGAUACCCUGCAAACCAACCUGGCAAAAAUAACACGAUCAACUCUUCUCAGGUCCAUUUCAAAGUUGAGAUGAAAGCCACAACAAGCCCAGCAGAUUAGCAAGGGAAACGAGAGCAAGAAAAUCACACAUCUUCCAUUACCACCUAGUUACCAAGACUAGAUAGAGUGAGAAAUACCUGACUGCACAGCCAGGAUACAAUAGCCACGUCACUUCUUUGGAGCGCAAUAGUGAAAGCCUCAUCGUAUUUGCUUUCA